AUGGAGCAAGCAAAGCGAGCUGAGGACUGGUUCGAGAAAAGAUGUACGACGAAUGGGCGCUCGAUGCUUGUCGGCCUUAGGCAUAUGCUACAAUUGAUGGAAGAGGCCUUUAGCGAUGAGAUGCAUCCGCGAUAUCGUAGCGGCUCGACUUCCACUGCUUUGCGCAGUCGUCCUCCGUUUUCGGUGUGGAGCUUAGCCCGUGGUGUUGCCGUCAAAGACCGACCGGUCAAUGACGGUGAAGAGGCAGAUGGCCCGCACGCCGGUUGCGACGGCGAGGUUACGAAGAGAAGAAAGGAGGAUCCGUCGCGCGCGAGCGGAAGGGGGCCGACUUUCCGCGUCGAAGCACUGGGGCUUGGCCUAUGCCGAAAGGUGCGAGCGGCGAAUUUCCCGAUGGCCUCAGCUGAAUUGAGGUGGAGUUCCGAAUAA